UUCGCUUAUGCAAUGUCUCUUGAAGGAAUUCUAACGUCAAAUGCAUUCUUUUAAAAUAACAUUGCAGAUUUCAUAAAAACAUCAUCAUCAGCAGCGGUACAAUGCAGGUGUCUCCCGUUUCAAAGAUCGACCAAGCGGUCCUUGCCACGUUCUCAAAGAUUCCAGUAAAGCGACUUGACCCAACUAUGCUUCAGCUCUGGAGGAACAAAGCAACAGACGCAGCAGAGGAGAUUCUGAUCGGUAAGGGUGCCUUCGGAAAGGUGAAUCUCAUGCGCUACCUACCUACGAAUAUACCGGUUGCUGUCAAGGUCCAGGAGAAGAAGAAUCGUGGGAUAAGCGAAGAUGAGAUGAAGAACAAACUUGUCUCCAGAUCGAUGAAGGAAGCAGUCAUGCAUCACGUGAUGUCGGACAACCCGUCCUUCCCUGGCUUACUUGGUGUCGUCGAGAUAGAAGAUAAUUUGGGUGUGGUGUUGGAAUUCAUCGGGGACAAACAAUUCGUUAUCAUCCAUCCAUUAUGUGACGUCCUCCUUGAAAGACGUCCUGGGUUAAGCCGACUGGAAUGGAUCGACAUCGCAUUCGAUAUCAUCCAGGGCCUUGCAUCCCUCCACGACAAGAGACUCCUCCAUAAUGAUCUCAAGAAGAACAACAUUCUCCUGCAACGAAGUGGUGAGCGAUGGCGAGCGUAUAUCAUUGAUUUCGGACAUGGUAGUACAGUCACAAUGCCUUUAAAAUUCCCAACUUUUUCACUUGAAGAAGAACGAGAAUACAUGGAAGGACUCCUCUACCACCAUCUCGCUCCCGAGAUCGUAAGAGAUCAACAGCCAACAUCGGUAUACUCGGAUAUAUAUUCACUGGGGAAGGUUCUGCUUGAUAUUGGCAGAGUUUCUGGGGAUCGAGAUCUUAGGCUGGUCGCUGAGAUGUGCACCAGGGUCAAGCCGUAUAGAAGACCCACCAUGUCCAACGUUGAACUCUCUGUGAUGCGAACCAAGGAAAAGGUACAACAAUGAGCUUUCUAUACUCAUCCCUGAAGAACAGUCAAUAGGCUGAAUAAAAUAGUUACAUACCAGGUACUCACUUUUACAGGACAACUGGCUGGAUGAUAAUAACAUGAACAACACAAUUUCACCCCAGAAAGAUGGACAAUAAACCCGGAUCAUAAACAAAAAUUGGGAACUUCGAUACUUUACCUACAGAUGUAAAUUUUAUUUAAAAAAUCAAUUGACAAAAAUUAAGGUAUGAAGGUGUUAUAAUAAACAAAUAAACAGAAUACUUGUAUAACUUUAAUAAAAUUUGAACAUAUGCUUUUUACAAAAUUGUGUUUGCCUAUUGAUCAUUUAUUUUGUUGGACUGAUUAGUUUGUUCAUUGUUCUAAACUGUUGCACCUUUUUCUCUUAUU